AUGAGUGCGUCUACAAGUCUUAGGGUCCGCCUGCCAGUCUUCAUAGCAGUGCUGGAGGUUACCAUCUUAGCUCUUUACGCUGUGUUUGUCACUUACGACGACAAUGCAAACGCUAAGCUGCAAAACAACCAAACCAACCCAAUGGAUAACUCCCUGUACAGAGACUAUCCAUACUUUGCAGAUGUGCAGGUGAUGAUCUUCGUAGGCUUCGGCUGCUUGCUGGCCUUCUUCAGGUUCUACGGUUUCAGUGGGAUGGUCUUUAACUUUCUCACUGCUACAUUCACGAUCCAGUGGGCCAUCCUGAUUCAAGGCUUCUUCCAGUUCUUCAGCAACGGAAAAAUUCACCUGGGAGUCAUCAACCUGCUGAAUGCAGAGUUCGCCUGUGCUGUGAUCCUCAUCUCUUUUGGUGCUGUGAUCGGGAAGACCAGUCCGGUUCAGCUGCUGGUCAUGGCUCUGCUGGAGGUCCCCUUCUUCGCUGUGACAGAGUGGGCCGUGUUGAAGUACAUCAGGAUCAAUGAUGCAGGGGGGUCCAUUCUGAUUCACUUGUAUGCCUGCUACUUUGGUCUUGGGGUCACGUUUGUGCUGUUUCGGCCCAGUCUGAAUAAGGGGCAUGCCAAAGAAAUCACAAGUUAUCAAUCUGACAUCCUGUGUCUGUUGGGGACCCUGUUCCUUUGGGUGUUCUGGCCUUCAUUCAACUCUGCUCUGACCAUUAAAGGUGAUGAUCAACACAGAGCGAUCCUCCACACCUUUAUCGGUCUAAGCUCAUCCACUAUGACGGCCUUUGCCCUCUCUGCCGUAUUCAACAAAAGAGGCAAGCUCACUAUGGCUGACAUUCAGAAUGUAACCUUGGCAGGUGGUGUGACAGUGGGAGCUUCUGUGGACAUGAUGAUUUCCCCUGCUGCUGCUUAUGCUCUUGGUAUCAUGGGCUGUACCGCCUGCUUCUUCGGAUACAGGUACCUGACCCCUUUCAUGGCCCGACGCCUAAAGAUUCAAGACCAGUGUGGUAUUCACAACCUCCAUGGGCUCACCGGCCUCAUAUCAUCCACAGCAGGAAUCUGUGCCAUUCUUCUAGCUAGCGAGGAAACCUACGGGCCCAGCAUGUACCAGAUCUUCUCCCACCGUGCCCCACCCGUGGGAGAUCCGAAGCUGCUGGAGCUGCAGCAACUGAUCCCAGGGCUGAAACCCGGCCUGGGUCGUACAGCACAGGAACAAGCUCUCUUCCAGGUGGCAGCUAUCUUCUCCACUAUCGCAGCGUCUACAAUUGGUGGGUUGAUCACUGGCUUAAUCAUGAACCUGCCGUUCUUGGCGUCCCCGUCUGAUGAAGACUGUUUCGAUGAUGAACUUUUCUUUGAUGUACCCUCUGACUUUGAGAGAGUAGAAGAUGUGAAGGUCACCAUGAACAAUGAUGAAAACGUAAAGGAGAACCCUGAGACCAAAGGCUGA